UUUUUUUUUUUUUUUUUUUUGCAGCUUUUAGAGGAUCAAUCCUCCUUUACUAAAGUGCUUAACAGUAUUUCACUUUCAGUUCUUAUAAAUAAAUCUUUAUCAUCUGCUUGUUCAGUUGGAUUGAUUUUAAUAUAGCAUGGCUUCUCUGUGCUCCAUUCUGCAUUUUGUGAGUUAAGUAAGAGCAAUUCAUUAAACUUUUCUAUUGAAGUACACUCAUUUAUUAACAAUUGCAAGCUGCUGUUGUGGUACUAAUUUACCCUAAAACAUUACAGUAAGUAAUAAAUUAAAGUAUUUCAACUAAAUAUUACUGAAACGUGUAUACAGUAUGCUUUGUCAGUCUACCUGACUGCAGUAUGAUUUUAAAAGAAAUGAUAUUUAUAUUUAGUCUUUUACUUCACAUACAUUACAUAAUCUAAAUAUAUCUUCAAUAUAUUUCCUCUAAUUUUACUUUAAUGGCCUCUGCCUUGCAUUUCAUACACUUUUAUCCAGUGGGGCUGGGGGCUGAUUGGGAGUGCAAUAGUUGAGUGGGGGAUUGAUGAUUAGGUGAGAGGGUGUUAGCUUGCAAAAUUUGAGAUUUGAGGUGAUUUUUAACUACAUUUUUUUUUUUUUUGUGAGUGCCUCCUUCCCCCCCCCCCUCAACACCCCUAGAUAGGCUACAGUUUUUAUCAUCCAUUAAUUGAAAGGCUGAUGGGGCCUGAAGAUUAAAUGAGAGGGUGAUGGCUGGGAAAAUUGGUUAAUAUCUAGCAUAUUCAUACACUGUUGCCAAUGUACUGGUGACAAAUACAUGUACUCCUGUAAUGCAUUUUCUAUUCAGGUGGAAUGUGCACGUCCAAGGUGCGGAUUCGUCAUUGUAUGAAAAUGAACACUUUCAACUACAGUUCAAAUUUACUUCUCGAUAUCCAUUCGAUGCCCCUGAAGUAAUUUUCACAGGGGACAAUAUACCAGUUCAUCCGCAUAUUUACAGCAAUGGUCACAUAUGUCUAUCAAUACUUACAGAUGAUUGGUCUCCUGCUCUGUCUGUUGAAACAGUGUGCCUUAGCAUACUGAGCAUGCUCAGUAGUUGCAAAGAAAAGAAACGACCUCCUGAUAAUAGUUUUUAUGUAAAAACGUGCAAUAAGAACCCAAAAAAGACAAAAUGGUGGUAUCAUGAUGAUCAUGUGUGACAAGAAACAUCAGCAACUUUGUGAAUCCUUCAACGUAAACUUAAAAAUAUACUUUAGUAUUAAUUUCAUUUGCACUAGAAUAGACAAUCAUUAUAUAGUAUUUUUGAGCUAAUUACAUCAAAAGAAAUUGAAGAUGGCAAAUUAUGAAGAUUGUGGUGGCCAGUCUGGACAGUAAAUGAGGACAGACACUUAAAAAUGUACAGCAGGAAAGCCGACACAAAGAAACCAACAGCAUGACGCCAAAAACUGAAGGUAAAUCGGAAAGACCAAGAAUCAUGUUCAGUCUAAGUAGGCAAUAUAAAGUACAGUUAGAAGCCAACACAUAGACACUAAGGAGAAAGCAAGGCAUUCAAAUUAACCUCAGGUUAACACCCAGAAGCAGAGAUGCAAAUUGAGAUUGAAAAGGCCUAAAAAUAUAUAGAGAGAGGAGAGAGUGAGUGAGGAUGUUCUGGGUUGAAAUUCCGAAAAUUCUGGGAUUUUUUUCAUGACUUAAAUCAGCUCCCCUCUUAAAGCCUAAUGAAUGAGAAUUUAUGUUUCUAAAGCUUCACAGAUCCAUCCAAAAUGUCUGUGCUGUUAGAUAAGUAACAGGGAAAUAAAUAUGUAUAAAUUAAAAUCCAUUUGUCAUUUAAAGUCAGGCUCCAGAUGACACGAAAAGGGGGUUUGACAAAAAACACCUGUUAAUGGGAUACAGAUUUUUUAAUAUUUAUAAACUGGGGGAAAAGUUGGAAAAAGGGUGGAUUCAAAAUUCUGUGUCUCAUUAACCUUUGUGCCUUGGAAAAAUCAGUUGUACAACAUAUUAAAGAAUGGUUUUUACUCCGAAGCCUGACUUUAACAUUAUAUUUUGCUCCAGAUUUAAACUGGCGCAAAAGUGCUUUACUUUCUAUAUGUAAGUUGUUAACUUUUGAAUACAAUAUAUAGAGCAAGAAAAUGUUUUACAUUAUUAGCAGAUGCGUAAUUAUAAGUGGUAAGCCGGGAACUCACUGCAUCAUAAGGUGGUCGUACGCUCAUUGUACCACGCAUCCAACUCCACGGCCUGAAUAAAACUGGAUAGUGUCAGUCUGUGCUUCAUUGGAAGUUAUGAUUUAUUUGAAAAUUUCAUUUCAUUUUUAAUAUUUCUACACUGGCAGCACAUCUUUUUUAUUUUUCAAAUAAUUAUCUAUUGUACAUAGUGGAUAUAUUGCUAUUUUUUGUAAUUUGUAUUUGAUAAACAACAGUAAUAUUGACAACUAUGUUUUUUUGAUUGUUAGCAUUAUAAUACUGUGUAAUGUGAUAUAACCAAGUCAUUGCUAUUGGAGUAAAUGGUGGAAUAAUGCUACCAACUUUUAUGUCCACCAUAGUACAAGUAUUUAUUUAGAAAGGAAAAAGCUUUAACGGGCAGGAAAUGCAUGGUAUUUGAGUUUUAUUAUGCAUGCAGAAGGGUAGCUAUCUUGUGAUAUAUCGCUAUGAAAAUUGUAAUUUUUUUACACAGCUGUGUGUAAUUUUACUUUAAAAAGUGAUUCAAUCAUUAAAACUACAUGAUUUGCAAGGUUUGACGAUUUCAGUCUGCAGAGUAACAUUUCAUUAUUGUAUUAGGGAGAUUUUGCAACCUUACGAAAAAGAUAACGAAUACGAAUACGUCGUCAUCAUUAUCAUCAUUCGUGCCUUAAACAUUCUUAACAAUAUGCUGUAUGAGCUGAAUAUGAUCCUUGCUUCAUGCAAAAGGCAUGAAUCGCUUACUUUGUGACAAAUAUGCUGCUGUAGGGGAAGGGUUGUCUAACAAUUUGAUGACGUAUUCGUUAUUGUUUUCAUAAGCUUGCGAGAACUCCCUAUUACAUUAUUUAGGUACAUUCGUGUCUAUGUUUUACCAUUGGUGUUGAGAAUGUUUUACCAUUGGUGUUGAGAAUUGUUGAUAUUUAUCAAAUGUUGAAUAUUCUAUAAUUACCUGAAUAAUAUGAUUGGGCGAUUUAUUUACAAAUUACAAAUAUAAGUAAAUUACUAUGAUGAAAA